AUGUCCGGGUUAGAAGGCGCCGACGCGCCCGCGCCAAAUUACUCCAGAAUCGAUGAUGAUCGUUUCAUGGACUUCAUCAACGGGAACAGCACCCAAUUGACAGUUGAUCUCAACAUGAACAUUGACCUCCACCUACCACUCAGUCAAUAUCCCACCCCCCUCCCUCCCGCUGUCAAUUCCGCCGCCUCAUCCAAGUCGUCCCCUUUCAACCUGGACGACCCCAACUCACCAUACAUACAAAAAGAACGGCGCGAUCUGCAAUGUAGGCUAAUCCGCAUCUUCUUCGAUGCAAUCACCUCCAAGAAGACCGACCUGGUAACCAAACUCAUCACUGGCGGCUUCGUCUCCCCCGACGUGCCUAACGAGUAUGGCCUAACCCCACUCCUCGCGGCCGUGGAAGCCGGUGACGGCGCCAUGGUGUGCGCUCUCUUGAAUCUCGGUGCAGAUGUCAACGCCUUUGGCACUCCUUUCAAGCGGAGCUCGUCCUCAUCAUCAUCCAAGCGUAAAAAGGAGAAAGUGGACAACAAACCGCCUGCGGAUGCGCGGACGCCACUCAUGGCCGCCUCAGCAGCCGGCAACCUUGCCUUGGCAAAAUUACUCUUCAGGGAUUUCCACGCCAAUGACGCUCUCAUAGCAGGUGACGGCCAGCUCGCCCUGCGCCUGGCGGCCGACAACGGACACAGAGAGAUUGUUGACCUGCUUCCCUCGCGCAGGGGCGGCGAGUUUCGGCGGUGGAAGACGCACCACGCAGUAGCUACUCGACGGAUCAAGAAGGCCGGCCAGGCCAUCGUGACCUUCUGUGUAUAUUGUGUAUGGGACAUUCCCAAGGCGAUUCUGUGGAGCUUGCCGAAGCACUUGGUGGUUUUACCUAGCGUGAGAUUGGCGAAGUGGUUGUGGAAGAAUAAGCAUCAGUUUGGGCCGUGGUGCAAGAAGCAGAUGAAAAAGAUGCCAGAAAGAACUAAAAGGGCAGUACAGGCUGCUGGACGGGCGGCGAAGGCCUUGAAGCAUGCCCCAAAGGGGAUGGCGAGAUUUGCGAAGGCGUUGGCCAAGCGGAUGUGGUGGAUCAUCAGGGGGAUAUUGAGGGCCAUGAAGGUGAUGUGUCUGUGGAUAUGGGAGAGUUUGCGGAAGGUCGGUUUGGCGACGGGGUUCAUGUUUAUGAAGUUGGUCUCGGCUAUGCACACGGCUGGUAUGGCGGUGUUGAGCUUCUUCCGGAACAUCACCCUCAAGGAUGUCGGUAACGGGAUUCUGGUAGCGCUGGGCGCCCUUUUUGUCGACCUACCUCGGGCGGUAUUCUCUGGGAUGGGAGCAUUUGGAAAGGCUUCGUAUAAAGCGCUUGUCCACAUGCUCGGGUUCAACUGCCUCAGUGAUGGUGGUGUUGCACCGGACCGGAUGCAGGACAACAACACGUUCAAGCAGAUUUCGGUUCUGAUGGUCUUCCAUAGCGUCGAUGGCUGA